AUGAUCAAGCGAGCUCAAGUGCAAGAACAUAAGGAGGUCCUACACCUACCGUGGGUGAUCGAGGACGAGGAUGUGGUUCACAACUUUGGUGAAAAGGAUUCUCCAGCUGAGGUUGACGAGGAUGUGAUCCGAUGCGCAAAGGCUGCGGCGGACAAUCUCUACACCUACGGCAUCGAAGAAAUCUUGAGUUCACUACAAGAUGAACUACGUGUUGUCCAUACAGUACACCCUCGUGAAGUGGAUCAGAACCUCCCCAGCUGGGUCCCUGCACUUAAGGCCGAGAUGAAGACGCUAGAGGACAUUGGCGCCAUAAAGCGCUUGGUGGGACAGGCCGCCAAGGAUUACCUGAAUCUUCCUGGAGUACAAGUGGUUCCGGGGAAGGCCGUUUACACGGUAAAGCCUCCGAACAAGCCCGAGGCCAAAUACCGUCGCAAGGCCCGCGUUGUGGGAUGCGGAAACUUUCAGGCCAAGGAUGACUCGGAGCAGAACUACUCUGGAGGAGCGGCUUCAGAAGCCGUCAGGCUGGGAGUUGCUCAAGCGGCGCGACAGGUAUGGGCAAUCUGCACCGGCGAUGUGGUGAGCGCCUUUUUACGGGCGCCAGUGCCGCAGGGCACGCUUUUGGCUUUGAGGCCACCAGCUGUGCUAGUGAGAGCUGGACUGGCUCAGCCCAACGAAGUGUGGUCCGUGCACAUGGCGUUGUAUGGAUUCAGCAGUAGCCCACGCUGGUGGGGGCUUCACAGGACGGGGAUUAUGAAGAAGGCGACUACCCCUGGAGGUUUAACCUUCCACCAAGGCGUGGCAGACUCUGAAGUGUGGCAGGUACGUGAUGCUGGUGGCAGCGUCGUCGGCCUGGUCAUAAUCUACGUGGACGACUUCUUUAUUGCCGCUCCCAAGGAGAUCUGUGGCGACAUCUAUAAGUGGCUGGCAGAAACAUGGGAAACCACCCCGAUUCAGUUCGCCUCCUCUACUACCCCAAUCCGAUUCCUUGGCAUGGAAGUGCGCGAGGCUCGCAAUGAGGCGGGCGACUUCGAGGGGUACACUUUGGAUCAAGAAGGUUACCUUCAAGAAGUUUUACGGCACCGAAAUGUAAGGGCAGAGGAGAGGUCUUUGCUGCCGGCUACCAAAGAGCACCUGUCGCUCUCUUCAGAACAUGAUCCGCCAACUUAUUCAAGUGAGGAUCUCAAGCUGGCACAAUCCAUCACCGGCGAGCUCGCUUGGAUGGCCCAGCGUUGCAGACCUGAUUUGGCUUAUGUUGUGAGCAUCAUGGCGAGUUUGACAACGAGAGAUCCAGCGAGGGUGGCAGCAAUUGGGCGGAAGACUCUGGCCUACCUCAACCACACGAGUUCUUGGAGACUGAGGUUUUGGACGGGAGGAGAGCCCACGUUGGUCACUUACACGGACUCCUCGUACGCUCCCGACGGCGACAGGAGUCAUGGAGGAGCCGUUACGUUUUGGGGUACAUGCCCGAUUGCGUGGAGGAGCUCGCGACAGCAGUUAGUUACAACAAGCUCUGCAGAAACAGAGCUGGUGGUGGCGCAUCACGGAUGUCAACAGAUGGAGUCCAUCGAUGCGCUGCUCUCGGAUAUGGGUGUCAUUCCGAACCAGCGGACGAUCUACGUUGAUAAUGCGGCGGCUAUCACCCUUGCAACCUCCGAGGGAGGGAGCUGGAAAACGCGACAUUUAAAGGUCCGCCAUCGAGCCCUACGCCAACGGGUAGAGCAAGGCUGGGUGGAUGUGGUGUAUUGCCCAGGUGAUCAACAACUGGCCGAUGGUCUGACAAAGUUGUUACCUUCGCAGCGAAUGAACCUACUGAUGGAGUUUUGGGGUUUGUCAGCUGGAGGCAACAGUGGAGACCAAGUUCGGCUACGGCAAGUUCAAGCACCAGCAGAGCAAGUAGCUCGAUUGCGGGCAACACAGGAGAGCCAGCGGCUGUCAAAGAAGGAGAUGCGGGAACUGAACGGCCUUCUUCGGGAGAACCCAGGUUCUCUGAGUCCACAAGAGAAGGAGAGAAUGAUCCACUUGGCAGACAUUGCUGGGGUUGAUCUUGCUGGAAUCUUAACCAGGAGCAACCUUGAGGCGACAAGUGGAACUACCGCGAGACCGAGUUCAGUCCUGGGAGGAUCGGUAUCCCCUCCUCCACCACCGGAUCCGUUUAGUGCGAGCGCUGCUGACGAAGAACUUCUACGAGAGAGGCGACUUCAGAGGCGGCAGCCGCGAGCGCCGCCUCCACCUCCACCGCCUACCUACGAGAACAUAGUCGAAGAAGAUGCAAGGAGCAGAAGAGCUGUAACCUUUGAGGCAUACCCUGUUGAGCCAGUAUCUGCCGAGUACAGGUCCUACAGAGCCCGCUCCGUAGGGACUCAGGUAGAAAUGCUGAAGGAGAUGCCAAAGGUUGUGUUCGUCACUCCAUCCGGGACGUGCGUUCAUGCUACACGAGACUGCAGCACUCUGAAUCGUUCGACAAAGUUCUUGCAGAAGGAGGUGUGCGCGAAGUGCAUCCCGGGUCAGAAGGAGGGCAGUGACAGCGGCGGCGGGCUACGUGUGGGUGGUGGCAAGGCCGGCGACACAGGGGUGGUGGCGGAUGGUGGGGGUGGUGGGGGUGGUGGGGGCGCGGGGGGGAACCACCAUGGACUUCCAGUGCCUACCAGCUACCAGAGUCUCAUGGUAGCGGAGCUACGGCUUCAGAACGAUCCAGGGUCAAAGGAUGGUGUUUCCGUUCGGAAUGGGAGGCGUGAAAAGGCCUCCCUCAUCUGGGAACAAGCGACUGCAAUGAACAGAGGCGCCUCGGAGGAUUCUGCUGAUGCCCUGCAGGCACGUCUGCUGCUGCAAGGCGCGCCAAGGCUGCUCAGGAGGGACAGUGCGGUGAACCGGGACUUGGCGCUCUGCUGCCAGGACUGCGCAGAGUUUUUUUGUAGCGACCUCCGCGCCAUUUUCCCGAUGCACGAUCUUCUGGGAGAAGGCGAGAAGAAGGAGGAAGUCUGCAACGCUGCAGAUUUGUGCAAAGAAGGUUUUGAAUUGCUCAGCUCCGGACAGGGUGCUUUCGAGCAGCUUCGACAUGCCAUCGUGAACGAAGGCUUCCCAUCCCGAAGCGUCAGCAUGUCGUUUGAUCAGGUGGCACUCGUGCUGAUUCUGGUUUGGGCAAGCAAGUGGCGAAGCAGAGCGGAUCCCCGAUGCCGGUGCACGGCUUUCAUUGGCACCAAUGCACGGAUCGCAGGAGGCCGUCUUCGUCCCGCUUCUCCGCGUCAUUGCCCUGGUCCUCGGGUCAAAGAGGUAACUCGAGAAGGCGAGCUCCGAGUGCUCUUGGUGUCGCAGUUUCCGGUCUUCGUGGCGGUGGGUGCCUUGAUCCCUGUCCUGCCGCUGCGACCCGGCCAGGUUGUUCUAGACUUCGCCAGGCUCCUCUGUUGCGGACCAAGGUAUGGACAAGAAUUCGGUCUCUCCCAAAGUUCCGUGGGGUUGCUUGUGUCGUCACCAUCUCUUGCGAAGCUUGUGUUGAAUCUACCCUUCGGCAAGCUUGCUGAUACUCUUGGCCGCCGAUCUCUGAUGGUUGGCGGUAUGAUCUUGUGUGCGGCUGCAGACGUCGGCACCGGUCUGGCCUCGUCCUUGCCUUUUCUGGUCGUGGCGCGGCUUUUGCUGGGUGCCGGCCUUUCCAGCUCCGAUGCCGGCGCCUCUGCCUGGGUGGCCGAUGCCACAGAAAGCCAGCCAGAGUCUCGAGCGUCUUUCUUGGGUGUGCAGAACGCCCUGACUGCUCUGGCCUUCGUCCUUGGCCCGGCAGUUGGCGGCUGGCUGGUUCAAGAAUUUGGCUUGCGCUCCAUCUUCUUUGCCGUCGCUGCAGGAGCCGCCGCCUGCGCGGGCGGCUACUCGCUCCUCCCGGAGCUCCGGACAGCGACGCCGGGUGAAGCCAAGGAAGAGACAUCCUUCCAGGAGCUCUUGCGGGCACCAGAGCAGCAGGCUUUGGCCGGAAUCUCCGUGGCCUUCUAUGCCGGAACUGCCUGCAAGAUCUCCCUGCUGCCCAGCGUGGCCUCGGAAGCCUUCGGCGCGGGCCCGGGGGAGGUCGGACAGCUCUUCUCGGGCCUCGCGGCCCUGGCCAUCGGAGGCACUCUGGCGGGUGGGCGCUUGACCGAUGCCGUCGGCCCGAAGUCGGUGCUCCUCACUUGCGGUUCCAUCUGCACGCUUGCCUACGUGGGUGCGGCCCUGGCCACGGGGGCUCAUGCCAAGGAUGCCUUCUUGGGCUUCCUAGCCCUCUGGGCGGUGGCGGCCGCCGUGAAGUCUCCAGCGCUUCAGGCCUACGCCAUCGCCACUUCCCCGGAGGACCAGCGUGGUGCGGCCUUGAGUGUUCCGAAGACCGUUGGGGACCUCAGCUAUCUCAUCGCCCCGUUCUUGUUGGGGACCUUGGACGACAGCUUCGGACCCGAGGCGGCGCUGCUUUGCUGCGCUGGGACUUUCUUCGCCGGCACCGCAUGGUUCGCGCUGCGGAGCUAG